CUUCCGAUCACCAUUCCUAUCAAUUUUCUUAAUGAGCCCCAAAGGCACACGAUCUCUGCAAGCAACCGGCAUUGCAGAAGCUACCUCGCACUCGUUACUUCGCAGAAACCAAGCAAAAACCGCCGGCCGCAGCGACCGCCUGAAGAUAGCUAGCCAGCUACGACGCCUGCGAUGCAAUUGCCUGUACUUUUGUUGGGAGAGACUGCUUCCGAGAACCUCAAGGACUCCUUCGUCGCCCGGCACCACCCCCUUCCUUAUUUAAUCCCCCACCAUUCCCCUCUCGUUAUCAUUCUCCAUACACCACGAUUCCAUAGAUGCAGAAACCAGACCAGCCAUUCUCGAUUCCCCGUCCUUCGUCAUCACCAAUCAGGUGCACCAUGGGCGCCGACAGGGUCUCGUCCGUGCAGUUUGAGGACUUCCUGCCAACGAUGGCAAGGAAGCUCGGCGCGGAGGGGCUGAUCCAGGAACUCUGCAAGGGGUUUCAGCUGCUCAUGGACCCUAGGACCGGCAGGAUCACCUUCCAGAGCCUGAAGAGAAAUGCAGCCAGGCUGGGGCUAGGAGAGCUCCAGGAAGACGAGCUCUCAGAGAUGAUCAGAGAGGGCGACAUGGACGGCGAUGGCGUCCUGGAUCAAACGGAGUUCUGCAUUCUCAUGGUCAGACUGAGCCCUGAGCUGAUGGAGGCAGUCACACUCACACGAGGGAAUGUUGAUGUAAUUUGAUAAACCAUUUGUCUUGAUUUAUAGAUCUAUUGUGUUUCUGUGCA